AUGUCAUCCUCCUCCACCUUUAAGGGACUGUUUAAGGCUGGUCAAACCGUCUUCUUUUAUCACCCUCAAGACUCAUGGAUUGUGGGAGUGAUUGAAAGUGUAGACCCAAACAACAAAAAGGGAGCCUACCAAGUGAAACCAAGUCCUUCUUUAAACUCGGAUCCAAUAUCCAAUGAGAACCCAAUAUUUCUUAAUGAAGACCUUCUAUACGCAUUCUCGGAAGAUUUAUUAAAACUUGAUCAUAAUGAUUUACUUUCAAUGAGCGAACUACACGAAGUUACUCUAUUAAACUGCCUUAGAAACCGGUUCAAAAAGGAUAUCAUUUACACGAUGAUUGGAGGAGUCCUUGCAGUUGCUAUGAAUCCCUUCAAAUGGACCAUCCCUUAUGUUCAAGAUGAUCAAAUGGAUUUGUACAUCAACCAAAGCAAAACGGUAAUGCCUCAUGCAUGGUCGAUUGCUGAUAAUGCAUAUAGAAUCAUGGCGGAAACCAAACAAAAUCAGUCUAUUUUGAUCAGUGGUGAGUCAGGAGCUGGAAAAACUGAGGGAUGCAAAACUGUAAUCAAGUACCUGUCCAAGCUCAGUUGCUCAAUCACUAGCGAUGAAAAAAUAAGAGAACGAGCUUCAAAGAUUGCUCUCAAAAUUCAAGAGUGCUCUCCCAUUCUAGAAUCCUUCGGAAACGCCAAAACUCAAAGAAAUGAUAAUUCAUCUCGAUUUGGUAAAUUCAUCAUUAUGCAAUUUGACAAGGAUGGUGUAAUUCUUGGUGCUUUCAUGUACAAUUAUCUUCUCGAAAAAUCUAGAGUUAUUUCUCAAUCUAUCGGAGAACGAGGCUAUCAUAUAUUCUAUCAAUUACUGGCUGGAUGUGAUGCCAAGAAAAAACAAGAAUUAUUCUUAACCAAACCAGAGGAUUAUGCAUGUAUUAACGGAGGGAAAUGUUUUAAAGUGGAUGGUGUUGAUGAUGCCAAAGAAUUCCAAGAGGUUGUGAAGGCUAUGAACAUUGUUGGGCUAAGCCAGGAGGAGCAAGACGCGAUUUUUAGAAUAGUGGCAGCCGUUUUAAAUCUGCAAAGCAUCAAGUUUACCCCCAAGGGAGAUGCAUCUGAAGUAGAAAAUAGAACAUUUUUGAACAAUGCCUCCACUUUACUUAAACUAGAUGCUUCUAGCCUCGAGAAGGCCCUCACAUCCAUGUAUGUAACGGCUGGAAAGGAUUUGAUUCUGAAAGGACUGAGUCCAACAAAGGCCUGUGAUGCCAGAGAUGCAUUUUCUAAAGCACUCUAUGACGCAACAUUCAAUUGGAUCAUUAGAAAGAUUAAUCAGAAUUUGGAUGCAUCCAAGGACCACAAAGUUGACAACUUUAUCGGUUUGCUUGAUAUUUACGGCUUUGAAGCAUUUCAAAAAAACAGCUUUGAACAACUUUGUAUCAACUAUGCCAACGAAGCUCUACAAGGAGUUUACAACAAUUACACCUUUAAGAGGGAUGUCGAAGAAUGUAAGCAAGAGGGAAUUGAUGCCACAGCAGUAACCUUUAAUGACAAUGCAGAAUGUAUUGAGUUGAUUCAAAAGGGAGUUGUAAAUUCCAUCACUGAUUGCUGCAAAUCAAAUUCUUCAGAUUUUGACUUUUUGGAUAACGUCAAGAAAUUGUAUUUGAAAAAGUCAAAAUUUUUUGAUGCCUCGCCAUUGAAAAAAGAAGAGUUUAUAAUUAAGCACUAUGCUGGUGAUGUAGCUUAUGAUGUCAAUGGAUGGAUUGAAAAGAACAAGGAUACACUGAACAAUGAUUUGUUCAAGUUGACAAAAACAAGCAAAUGUUCCUUCAUUUCGGCUUUACUGGAGGACAAUGGAGGCGCCAAAGAUACUGUUGCAGAAUCAUUUAGAAAGCAGCUUAAUGUCUUACUCUCUACUAUCAAUUCAACAAGGCCUCAUUACAUUAGAUGUAUCAAACCUCAUCCUGCAAAAAAGCCAAACAUGUUUAGUACGACAGAAGUGAUGAAUCAACUGAGAUCUUCAGGAGUUCUAGAGACUGUAAAGAUUAGAAGAGAAGGUUACAGUGUAAGAAUGCCAUUUGAUCAAUUUUAUCAUAGAUUCAAAGUGAUUCAUCUUCAAAACUCAUCUCGUAGAGUAACGGAUUGCAAAACCAUUGAAGAAAUGAAAAAAGCUUGUGAAGAAAUCAUUUCCCAAGUUGGAUUUGAUAAGGUUAAGGCUCAAAUUGGAAAAAGUAAGGUUUUCAUGAGACAUUAUGCAUACUCUGAUCUAGAAGUGCUGAAAAAUCAGAAGUUAAUCCAAUAUGCAACUAUUAUUCAGUCUGCACUGAGAUCUCUAAAGUCCAAACGAGAAUUAGCGCAUUUAAAGAAGCUUAAAAAGGAGGAAGAAGAAAGAAUUUAUUAUGAAAAGCAUAAAGAAGAAAUUGAAAGGAAACGCAAAGAGGAAGAGGAGAGAAUGCGAAUUGAAAGAGAGAGAAUGGAAAGAGAAGAAGCGGAACGCAAAAGACUUGCAGAAAUUAAAAGGCAAGAAGAAGAAAGAAUUUCUCGGGAAAAGAGAGAACGAGAAGAAGUGUUGAUGAGAGAGCAAAUUAAAUUGAACAAACUCAAAGAGAUUCAAAUGAAAAAAAUUGAAGAAUUAAAGAGAAUUGAGACAGAGAAGGAAGAGAGAGAGCGUGUAAAACGUGAAUUGGAACACUAUGAGAAUGGAAAAACUUUGGCUGAGGAGCCAACUAGUGUUAGAAUUUGGAGAGUUGAUGAUGGAAAGAUUGUAGGAUUUAACUUGUCUGAGGCUAGAAAAGAUCUUUUAUAUAGAAUUAGAACCGAUCAACUAUACACUUUGGAAGAAUGUAAAAUAUUAAUUAAGGACAUUGUAAGAGUGAUGAAAAAUGAUGCUGAAAGAGAUUUUAAGAAUUUAUUAUUUUUAAGCAAACUCAGAACAGAAGUACUCUAUCCAAAACCAAUUAUUUCCAACUACAUUCCAGAAUCACACGGAUUAGAUGGAUUCUUUGAUCAUCCAGACAUUAAAAAGUUAAUCUAUGGUAAAGUGGUCAUUAAGGCAAUUGAUCCUUCCAACUCAAAGGAGAGCAUUCUAGUUGCAAAAGAGAAAUUGAAACUGCUUGUGCUCAAUAUCAACAAGAAUAUUGUCAAAUUGAUUGACCAUGCUUUGAUACAACGAAAAGAACGUUUGCUAAUUAUUGCAACCAUAUUGGAUGAGUUAGAAACAAGUUCCAUCAAAAAGUACUUGCAUCCCAAUGAGUUGCUUGUGGUCAUGCAAAAGAUUAAACAGCAACAACAGCAUCAUCCUUAA